CCGUCGUGGUACAGAUCAGGUUGACUCGUAGGCGGCCCAUCUCAUAAUAACUCGUUGACACGUUGGACCGGCCGCUGAAGUACUUCCCACCUGCGAUUCCAGCUUCCAAAGAUUCGAGCCCAGUGUGCGCAAAACAACAUCGCCAUCAUGUCGGAGAAGGAAUCUCGGGGCGAUCCCGAGUCCUGUGCCACAGACGCUCACCUAUACAAUUCGACCAUCGAGCACUUAACGUGGCGCGGCGUGACCGUGACCGUCAAGGACCGCGAGUCCAAGCAACCGCGAAACAUCGUGGAUAAUGCCACCGGCAUCGUCCGGGCCGGUGAGAUAUGCGCCCUCAUGGGCCCGUCAGGGUGCGGCAAGACAACGCUGCUCAACGUCCUCGCCGGCCGCCCGACAAACGCCAGCAAAGUCGACUCGGAUAUCCUGGUCAACGGGCAGCGCGUCUCCAAGUCUGAAUUUCGGCAAAUAUCGUGCUUCGUCGAGCAGGAGGACGCCCUCAUCGGCUCCCUCACCGUCCGCGAGACGCUUGAUUUUUCAUCGCGGCUCGCCAGCGGCAGCCUCGACCGCAGGCAGCGCAUUCGCCGCAUCGAUGCGCUCCUCUCCUCCUUUGGCCUCACCGAGCAGGCCAGCACCCUCAUCGGCACACCCAUCCGAAAGGGCAUCUCAGGCGGGCAGAAGCGCCGCGUCGGCGUUGCGAGCCAGCUUCUCAUGAGCCCCAAGCUGCUCUUCCUCGACGAGCCGACCAGCGGGCUGGACUCUGCUGCCAGCUGGGAGGUGGUCAACUACCUGCGCGACGUCGCCCGCCGAAACAACCUCAUCGUCGUGUGCUCCAUCCACCAGCCCUCGACGGCGACAUACAACCUGUUCGACAAGCUGAUGCUGCUCUCGGGAGGCAAGACGCAGUACUUUGGCUCCGUCGAGGCCGUCGUGCCGCACUUUGAGCAGAUCGAGGUCCGGGUUCCCACUCAGGUCAACCCCGCCGAGUUUCUGCUGGAGCUGGUCAACAUCGAUUUCGCCCGGGACAAGGAGGCUGCUACGAGGCGGCUCGCCGAGCUUCAGAACGCCUGGGAGGCGUCGUCGACUUGCAAGAGCGGGCUCGACGAGGUCGAGGCGGCCGCGCAAUCAAGUGGCGGGCUCGCGCUGGACUCGGUCGAGAAGAGGCCAGGGCUGCCGAGUCUCGUCUUUACGCUCCUGCAUCGUAGCUUCAUCAAGAGCUACCGCGACGUCGUGGCGUAUGGCAUCCGCAUCGCCAUGUACUUGGGCCUGGCCAUCAUGAUGGGCACCGUGUGGGUGCGCCUCUCACCCACGCAGACGUCGAUCCAGCCGCUCAUCAACGCCAUCUUCUUCGGGUCUGCCUUCAUGUCUUUCAUGGCCGUCGCGUACGUGCCGGCGUUUCUCGAGGACCGGUUUCAGUACGUCAAGGAGCACCAGAACGGGCUGUACGGCGCCGCAGAGUUCAUCGUGUCCAACUUCAUCAUCGGGGUCCCUUACCUCUUCCUCAUCUCGGUCCUCUUCUCCGUCAUCUCCUACUGGCUGUCCAACUUUCAGCCAACGGCGACAGCCUUCUUCACGUGGGUCAUGUGGCUGUUUCUCGACCUGCUGGCCGCCGAGUCGCUCGUCGUCUUCAUGUCGUCGCUGUUCCCGAGCUUUGUCAUCUCGCUAGCACUUGUCGCCUUCGCCAACGGGCUGUGGAUGUCGGUGGGCGGCUUCAUGGUGCCGCCAACGAUCCUCAACGCCUUCUACAAGUACGUGUUCCACUACUGGGACUACCAGAAGUACGUAUUCCAGGGCAUGAUGGUCAACGAGUUCGGUGAUCGCGUGUACUCGUGCGGCAGCGGGUGUCGGUGCAUGUACGAGUCGCCCCUCGCGGAUCAAUGCGAGAUUGCCGGGCAGGCCGUGCUGGACCAGUACGGGUACGCGACGGACCAGAUGGGCCAGAACGUCGGCAUCAUGAUUGCCAUUAUCUUUGGCUAUCGUCUGGCGGCUUGGAUCGUGCUUAAGCUGCGUAGAUGACGCGCCGGCAUGGAGUUGGAGCAGAAUGGAGGUGG